CUGACCGGGUCCCCACUGCAGAGAAAUCUGACAGGCGGCAACGGCGGGCGUGGCCCGCGCAAGAGGCGCGCAGGGCGGGAGGGCGCCAAGCUGCGGCUACUCCCGCGCCGCCGAGAGGGAGGGGCCCAACACCGCCCGCCAGCCCAGCUCGCGCCACCACUCGCCGCUGCUCACUGUCCCCACAAGCCCAGAUCCAGCCGGUGAAGGCGACCGCCAGCACUAGUCCGGGGCCCGGGCGCGAGAGGCGGAGGCCGGAGGAGGCGGCCCGAGCGGCCAGGCGUGCGAGCCCUGCUCACCGGUGCGGCAUAGCUGGUGAAAUCUUUCCGUGAAGAAGAAGGAUACCUGAUCAUAAACGUGUCCCACAAGCACAAUUAACCAGGAAGCAAGGAACAGUAUGACAGAACCAUCUAGCCGAGUCUGAAGUGUGAAGACCACCAUAUCUACCAGAAGACCCAGGAUGAUGGAUCUGCACCAAAGUACCACAGUCAGGUUGCUGGAGAAAUGGAGCUCCAAUGAGCCACCAUCUGGCUGCCGGAGACAUUAUCAUGCCAGAAAAAAACUGAAGCUAAUUCGGGUCAUUGGCCUUGUCAUGGGCCUGGUCGCUGUGAGCACUGUCCCAUUUUCAAUCAGUGCCUUUACUGAGACAGACACUCAGAGCCACACAGGAGAAUCCAGUGAUGUGAGUGGCCCUAGGGUAGCCCAGGGCCACCAUCAAAGAACUCUCUUAGAUUUUAAUGACAAGUUGCUAGAUGAUGCCACACAGCCACCCGCUUCUCAGGAAGACAAAGCCGAGAACAGCACCGACCAUGCCCAGGGAGACUACCCAAGGGACAUCUUCUCCCUAGAGGAGCGCAGGAAAGGCGCCAUCAUCCUCCAUGUCAUCGGCAUGAUCUACAUGUUCAUAGCCUUAGCCAUCGUCUGUGAUGAGUUCUUUGUUCCUUCCUUGACUGUCAUCACUGAAAAACUGGGCAUCUCUGAUGAUGUGGCCGGAGCCACCUUCAUGGCUGCAGGCGGGUCAGCCCCAGAACUUUUCACGUCUCUUAUAGGGGUCUUCAUUGCUCACAGCAACGUUGGCAUAGGCACCAUUGUAGGUUCCGCCGUGUUCAAUAUCCUCUUUGUUAUUGGCAUGUGUGCUCUGUUUUCUAGAGAAAUCUUAAACCUGACAUGGUGGCCGCUCUUUCGGGAUGUGUCCUUCUACAUCGUCGACUUGAUCAUGUUGAUCAUAUUUUUCCUGGAUAACGUCAUCAUGUGGUGGGAAAGCUUGCUGCUCUUAACAGCUUAUUUCGGCUAUGUGGUUUUCAUGAAGUUCAACGUCCAAGUAGAAGGAUGGGUGAAGCAAAUGUUAAGUCGCAAUAAAGUUGUCAAGGUGACAGCACCAGAAGCCCAACCAAAGUCAUCUACACCAGGGGACAAGGAAGAGCCGUCUUUACCGGCGAAGCCGCGCCUCCAGCGAGGUGGGAGUUCUGCCUCUCUCCACAACAGUCUUAUGAGGAAUAGCAUCUUCCAGCUCAUGAUACACACCCUUGACCCGCUCGCCGAAGAACUUGGAUCAUAUGGAAAACUAAAAUAUUAUGACACAAUGACUGAAGAAGGGAGAUUCAGAGAAAAGGCUUCGAUUCUCCACAAGAUUGCCAAGAAGAAAUGCCAAGUGGAUGAGAAUGAGCGGCAGAAUGGGGCUGCCAAUCAUGUGGAAAAAAUCGAACUUCCCAACAGCACAAGCACGGAAGUGGAGAUGACACCGUCGAGCGAAGCUUCGGAACCCGUGCAGAACGGAAACCUCUCCCACAGCAUCGAAGCUACAGAUGCCCCGCAGGCUGCAGAGACCACUGAGGAAGAGGAUGACCAGCCCCUCAGCCUGUCCUGGCCAUCCAACGCCCGCAAACAAGUCACGUUCCUCAUCGUUCUUCCCAUCGUGUUCCCUCUCUGGAUCACCUUACCUGACGUCCGCAAACCUGCUUCCAAGAAGUUCUUCCCUGUCACGUUCUUUGGCUCCAUCACUUGGAUCGCCGUUUUCUCUUACCUGAUGGUGUGGUGGGCACACCAGGUUGGAGAGACCAUCGGCAUCAGUGAGGAGAUCAUGGGUCUGACCAUCUUGGCUGCUGGGACCUCUAUCCCUGAUCUUAUCACCAGUGUCAUAGUGGCCAGGAAGGGGCUGGGGGACAUGGCCGUGUCCAGCUCUGUUGGAAGCAACAUCUUUGACAUCACUGUGGGGCUCCCCCUGCCCUGGCUCCUUUACACCAUCAUCCACAGAUUCACGCCGGUGACUGUCAGCAGCAACGGCCUCUUCUGCGCCAUCGUCCUCCUCUUCAUCAUGCUGCUCUUUGUCAUCCUUUCCAUCGCCCUCUGCAAGUGGCGGAUGAACAAAAUACUGGGCUUCAUCAUGUUUGGUCUCUACUUCGUGUUCCUGGUGGUCAGCGUCCUCCUGGAAAACAAAGUGCUCGAGUGCCCUGUCUCCAUCUAGUGGAAAAGCCAUAUCUUCAACCAACAGCAUGGGUGGUCCCUCCUGACUCUGGGCUCCGGGCUCCUUGCAGAAGCCUUGAGAAGAGGCAGCCUGUGCGCAGCCCUGGGAGGCAAGCAUCCCUCCUUGGAGGGCGGAGGAAGGAUGGAUUCUCAUGGGGCCAUUCGCUUCACGGCGCCUCACCCUUGCCUUCGGAAACGACUCCGUGGAAGAGACAAAGAGAACCGUCUCUCCAUCACCACUGACAGGUACUCCUCGCUGGUCGGAGGUACAUUUCAUCGUGAUGACGCGAAAGAGGACAGAGGCUAUACAUACACAUGAAUAUAAAUAUUAUAAAUAUAUACACAUGAGCGUACAAAUCCUGCCUGUUUCUGUACCAUACCUCUCCUCCUAGACCUAUAGAUUAAUACAUAACUGUACACAGAAAGAGAAAUUAUAUAUAUAUAAAAACAUAUAUAUAUAUUUAAGUGCAAAUGCAUCUUUUCAGGGAUAGCGCUAGCGUAAUUAUAGUUCCUAUUUGAAGAGGGGCAUCAACCUUCAACCUUCAGUUUGUGUGCUUUGCCUCUCGAGUGCAAAAGGUGAAUUAACAGAAUCAGUAGGCCGAGCACUCUUUGCUGUGAUUCCCAGCCUGCUUUGGACAUACUGCGUUGAGUGAAAUAGUUUGCAGAGAGGGAAGCUCAGAAAAGAGAGUCUGUUGGAGCCCUGUUAGAACCUCUAAAAUACUGUCACAAGCCAAACAACCCAUCCCCACUGGGAUGCUCUGACUGAGACCCAUGGAAUUCCUUAAGACAGAGGGGAAACUCAGACCGGGUGGCAACCAAAGGAACUGACGAAGGUUAGGUUGUUUCAUUUUGCUUUUUUUUCUUGUAUUGCCCCAGCAUGCAAAUAGAUGAUAUGAAUGAAAAACCAAAUUAGUGCUUUUCUAGGACAGCAAACUUCUAUAAACUGAGCCUGUCUUGUUCCAGUGCAUGGCCCAUCAUCAUCAAAAGAACAAGGGCGAUCUUAGCCGUGGUUGUCGUCGGACACGCUUUAAUGCCAAGGGCUCACACACAGUCCAAAGUCCUGCCAAGAGAGCUGAGAUGUGUGCCGAGAGACACCAUCCAGCAGAGGUGCUCAGUGGGAGUGGCCACUGAUGGGGACAUAAGGGCAUAGCUCCUCAGAGCACUUCUCAGUGUGGCCACAAAGGGCUGCCACAUCUAAAAAUCAUUCCCAGUAGAUCUAAACUAACAGACUGACCGUGCUUGAUUGAGGCAGCUCAGGCUUGUCUGAUCCACUUGGUGUCCCCACCCCCCACCCCAGAACAGUUUUCAAGUCCUGAGUCAUGAAUUUGGUGAAGACCCAUGCAACGCCCCUCCCUCCAUCGUGAGCCCAUCUGGAACGCUAGUGUUCCGAGCUUGCGGUCCAUACUUUCUUUACACUUCUUUGAAGCGGUCACUCUGAUAAUAUGAUCUACUGAUUUUGCUCAGCUUCACAUGGGAUCACCUCAUUCACUGAGACCCCCACACACACACUCUGUCCAACACCUUGUGUGAUUUCUCCAGUUUAUUGCAGUAGGAAAUGAAACUGCUUGACAGCCGCAGGACAAACUGAACUGAAAACAUGCAGUUUUUCAUUUUUCCGAAACCAUGCUUUCUCCUCAAAAUCCAUUGAAAAGGUGAACAGAGGGUGGCCACCUCCAUGUAAAUCGGCACACACCAUACGAGGAGAGUGUCACUAUGCUUUCGGUUCUGAUCUGUCACUGCGCCUUGUCUAUGUUCUGAACACCGCUUAAUAUAGGGAGGUGGGGCGAAGAACUCAGACUGAAUAAAAAGGUCAGGUGACCCAAUACCCCAGAUCAAGUUCAGCUUUCCAUCCACAAAACUUCCAUUCAUUUACAGAACAUGGCAGCAGGGGGAAAGCCAAGCCCAAGACCACUUUACACUUAAGCACACGGCACUUCAAAGAGGAGGGCCCCUGAGAACACAAGAAAUCAAAAGGUCUGCCAACUAAGAAACUGGCUUUCAAGUCUCUCCAACAAUGCAAA